GCGAGUCAAACGAAUGGAGAGGGGUGCAUCCCUAAAGAAUUUGUUCGGGAAAGAUAUUUCAAAAUUUUCACGUCGCGGCAAAAAUAUGGAAGACGAAAAUAGAGAAGCUCAAUCCAAGCACCGCAACAAAGGAUCUACUGAUUGUGGCAUUAAAGGGAUGGAAACUCUCGUUGCUUCAGUCAGUGGUUAUCAUGGUUGCGAAAGAUUUAAUCUUAUAAAGCUUAUUAACCACACUGGUGCUAAUUAAGUUGGCAGAAUGAGCAGAUCGAUCACACAUCUGGUUUGUUGGAAAUUUGAAGGAAGUAAAUAUACGCUUGCUCGAGAGCUUGGAACUAUGAUUGUUAGCCAUAGUUGGUUUGAGGAUUGUGCUAGGGAAGGAAAACGUCUUCCUGAACAUCCUUAUCUCAUGCAAAGUGGUCACCAAGUAGGACAUCUGUUGUGGGAACCUCCAGUAGAUGUUUCGAGAGAGAGCUUAUCAAGUAGAGAGAAUGGCACUUUGUUCUAUGACAGACCAAAUAUAUUCAAGAACACCAAGGAAGUGGAGAUUGAUAAAGAGUCUUUGUGGCCGAGUUUUCAUUUGUUAAGCAAGGAGUUACUUUCUGAUAGGGGUAAGAAAACCAUGAUGGUAGGUACAAGUAAGAACAUCAAAUUGGGGAACCAAGACAUCUUGCUGGAUAAACCUUUUAAAGGUAGCAAGAAGAACUUCCCUUUCUUUUCUUACCAACAGCGUGAAGGAUCUAGUUUAAGUGCUUCAGUUCUCUCCGGUAACACGAGGAGUACCUAUGGUGUUACUGGGAGCACAAGUAAGGAUCAACCUACUCGCAAGAGUCGGCGGCUUGUGAAAAAGAGUGCAUCCAUAGUCCCUCAUGAACCUUACAGAUUUGAUUACGAUCAAGAAGGUUUUCCAACUGAACAUUGUGACAGGAUUUAUAACAGCGCUAAUGGUGCAUCUAAUGAUUCCGAUGAUUCAUUAACUAUAUUGGGUUGUCAGCAAGAACGUCCUCCAGCCAAAAGAAACCAAAGCAGCACCGCUAGUACUUCUGAUGGGUCGAGAAAUGAGGAUCCAGUGAUACCCCAAAGGUCAAAUUUGGCAGACUUUGCCUACAUCGAAGAAAAUAUGAAUGAAGAGCAGGAAGUUGUCGAAGAUAUCUCGGUAUUGAAUAAUGUCGCUAUUACUAGUGAUUUGUGUAUAUCAAAUAAUGUUGAGAUACCUUCCCAAGAAAGGAUGCCAUCAGCUAGAGCUUCAGAUUUUGAUGGUGCGGAUGGAACACACAAGGAUGCUGGUGAAUCUGAUGCCUUGAACAAACUAGCAGAAUUGUCUUGUGUAAUUUGUUAUACAGAUUUUAGUUCAACAAGGGGUGUGUUACCAUGUGGACAUCGAUUUUGUUAUUCUUGCAUUCGGGAAUGGGCUGAUCACACGGCUGCAAGGAGAAUGGUUUCAACAUGUCCUUUAUGCAAGUGUGGUUUCUUGCGCAUCACAAAAUUAGAAGAUGCCGACUCUGCUGAUCAGAAGAUAUAUUCACAAACUGUUCCAGGUCCCUCAUCAGCCACAAACGAUAUUUUCAUGCUUUCUGAUCGGGAAAACCCUAAUUUUGGAGCUCAGCAUUCUUCAGCACCCGUUUGUUGUGAAUGUCGUUCUCGGGAACAUGAGGAUCUUCUUGCUAGUUGUUCUAUCUGCAGGAAUCGUUGGAUCCAUUCCUACUGCCUAGAUCCUCCUUUAUUUCCCUGGACAUGUAGUAGCUGCAGGGGUCUUCGAACUAUGUAUCAACGACAAUAUUGAUACAGGUGCAUUUAGGGAAUUUGAAUAUUCACACCAACUUUCUCCUUGUUCACCAAGAAAUUUGGCAUUGUCUAGUAAAAGAAAGAUCGAAACUGAGGCUGAGAGUCAGAGUGGCAUUCUAGGGAAAGAAUUAAUGAACUUUCAUUUCCAUGAGCAAUCAUUUGUAGAGAAUGCUGAUUCCCUACAUCACCAGUGUGAAACAAGGUAGUUAAAGAUGUACCAUAUUUUAUCUGAAAUAUCACUUACGUGGCUUAACAUUGAGCUCAAAUUGUGAUCUGCAAAGCUUUGUUGUAUGCAAAAGAAAAAAAACACUUAAGGGUCAAUUCUAUUCUCUUGUUUAUAAGUAUGUAGGUUUUUCCUACAGCAGAAAAUUGAUAUAUUGAACAACUCUUAUACCGUCAAGAGCGAA